AUGCGGGGGCGUAGGGAGAGGAAGGAGAAAGAUCGAGAAGAUAAAGGGAGGGGAAGGAGACUAACUGGUGUAAAAUUGCUGGGAGAGUUCGAGGAAGAGGAAGAUUUGAGUGAACCAUUGCCGAGGGAUAGAAAAUGGAGGCGAGAGUAUCAAGAGAGAGUUGGGUGGGGGUCACAGAACUGGACUGGAGAAACUAGGAUGAUAUGGGAUGGGAGUAGGAUUGGCUGUGUGUACUGUUUCGGAUGGCCUCCACAGGCCGUGAGACGGAGGGCUGUUGCGAUAUGCCUUGUGCGUGUUUGUGGCCAACAGAUGGCCGUAAGCAUAGACUGCGGCUCGUCGGAAACCUUCUCCGACGACAACCAAAUAACCUGGGUCGGAGACGACGAACUCAUCCAAAACGGCGAGUCAUUCACCGUCCAAUCAACCAAAACGACACUGCCUCAAUACCUCACGACGCUCAGAGCCUUCCCCACCCGCAACAAGAACUGCUACGCCAUUGAAGCCGACAAAGGGUCUCAGCUUUUGGUCCGAGCGAGCUUCUUCUAUGGCAACUACGACAAGAAAUCUUCGCCGCCGAUGUUCGAUCUCCAGUUCGACGGUAACCGCUGGACCACCGUGGUGACGUCCGGCGACGACUUAGUGUACUACGAGGCCAUUUACUCACCUAAGAGGGGGAGUACAAGUGUGUGCGUAGCUCAGUCUUUUCCUAACAUGGUUCCUUUCAUAUCCGCCAUUGAAGUGAGAUCUCUGAGCUCUGACAUGUACGGACAUGUUGAUUCUAACCAUGCUUUGUUUUUGAGGAGGAGAGUUGCUUUUGGCGCUUCUGAUAUCAUAAGGUUCCCAACCGACCCAUUUGACAGAAUCUGGAUUCCAGCAGUAAACGCAGCAGGAUUCACAGAACUCGAGAACGAAGCAUCUCUAAUUUUAGUUAACCUAAAGGACAACCCACCAAAAGAAGUUCUACAAAAUGCCUUUGCUGCUCCAAACACCUCCAUAAUUAUAACCCUAGGCACCAAUCUUCCUCUUACCAGUGUCCCAAUCUACAUGAACAUGUACUUCUCAGAGGUCACCCAGUUGUCUUCCUUAGACAAAAGAUCCUUCAAGCUCCACAUCAAUGGCGAAGCCUCCUCGGAUGAGCUCGUCCCGCCAUUUGGAGUUGCAGGAGAAGUUUUUUUAAGUAAUUUCUCCGCAUCUUCCAAUACCACUUUCUCGUUAGAGGCUACCCCUGAUUCUACCUUGCCUCCUCUCAUUAAUGCUUUGGAGGUUUUCACCAUCAGUGAUGCUUUGACUGAUGGAACACAUACCACUGCACUUCAAGAAGAAUUCAGCGUGCUCGGUGAUUGGCAAGGUGAUCCUUGCCUUCCUGCUCCUUAUGCAUGGGAUUGGAUCAACUGCACCAGUGAUGUCACGCCACGUGUAACGGCAUUGCAUCUCAGCAGCUUCGAAUUGUCUGGUCGGCUCCCUGAUUUCAGCUCUAUGACUGCUUUGGAAACAGUAGAUUUGCAUAACAACAGCUUGGAGGGGACUAUACCUGAAUUUCUUGGCACCUUACCUAAUCUGAAGUUAUUGAACUUGGCAGAUAAUUUGUUCAUUGGACCAAUUCCCACCUCAAUUUCAAAGAACAGUCAGCUAAAAUUAGUAAUAACGGGUAAUUCUGAAUUAUGUGCAUCCGACAAAAAGUGUAAAACAAGUGAAACCAACAAACGAAGCGACGACUCAACAAAUUCGUCUUCUGAUGACAAUAAGAAAAGUAAUAAGCUACCAAUAAUACUUGGAGUCACGAUUCCAUUAUUUGUUCUUAUAUGGAUUAUCGCGGGAUUAUUUCUCAUAAUGCAUCAAAGGAGAAAAUCAGCAACGAUAGCAGACAACAAUAAUGCAGUGCAAAAUGGAGGAUCAAAGAUGAACAAUAACAAUGGAGUAGGGCAGGGCCAAGCAAUGAAUUUUCAGAUGGUGGGACAAAAUGUGAUGAAUGAAUUUAAGGUCAACAUUCAAGAUCAAGAUCAAGAUCACAAUCAAACUCAACAUGGAGAUCAAAUGCAUGAUCAUGAUCAUGAUCAUAAUGAAGUCUAA